UCUCUUCUGGGCCUGAAGUGAAGGGCAAGCGACUGUGCCAGCGCGGGCUUCCCGGAGAGAGCCGGGCGCGACUCCAGUCCGCUGCGGCGCGGAGGACCAGGGCCUGGGAAACCGGACGGGGCGCUCGGCAUGUGGGACCCGCAGGAGUUUGAGCGCCACUGGCAGGCCGAGUUCCCCGGGGUGAAGGCACCCGUCAUGCGGCUGGACUCGGUGCUGGACAUGGAGCGGGAGCUGGAGCGCUGCAAGCUCAACCUGAAGCGGCUGCAACAGGUGCUGGCGGAGGAAAAGUUCAAAGUCUUCUACCUGCAGGCGGCCCUGGCCGGCGAGAAGCAGGACCUAGGCUUUGGACACCUGGAGGAUGGAGACGGCGGCAGCAGGGGAGCCUCCGCCGAGGAGCCGGCGCCGGCCGGGUCAGUACGGGGCCCGCCACCGCGCGAGGACGAGGGCGCAGCGGCCGAUGGCGGAGACUCCCUGGGCCCCCCGCGCCCCGACCCGGAGGCUGAAUCUCCACCCUGUGUGUGCCUGGACCUUCCCACCUUGCCCGGGCCGGCGAAAGAAGGGGGCGCGGUGCGCUGCUUGACUGCCGCCAUCCACCAGCAGCUGCUGCAGCCUCGCCUCCUCUUCAGGCCCCGGGAGGACUGUGCGCCCCCGGGUAACGACGGCACGGUUCCCUGCGCCCCGCGAGAGGAUCCGUGGUCGGCGACUGGCGCGGGGCGGUGCUCGGAGAAGGGCGAGCCGGAAGGCUUGGGCGCGGACGAUGAAGGCGACAGCAGUGACCACGACUUCGAGAUGGUGGAUUUGAACGAGAAAUUCGUCCUCGGUCACUUGGUCAUGGCCCCCUGCCGAUUCGCAACCCGUGAUGAGGCUGAGAAGCCGGCGCGGGCGUGCAGCCCCCACCGCUGGAUGCACUUGAUUCCCGGGGGGCGGCGGCAGCAGCGUCGCCGGAGCCCGGACCUGGAGCAGCUGGAAGCCGAGGGCAAGGACGCGCCGGGUUUGCCGCUGGCUUCAGAUGAGUACCCCCGGCGCGGGGCCCGCGAACACCUCCCCCCGUGGCGGCGCAAGAGGUUCCUGUGGGUGCAGGAGCGGGACUCGCCCUGUCACAGCUCUCCCGAGAGGGGCAGCGACUGCAGCCGCAACAGCUCAGACCACGAAGACGGCUCCUCUGCAGACUUCAGCUACGGGGCCGACGACUUCGACGGAGAGGGGAAUGAGGAGCAGAAGGGGCCCCCGGAGGGCUCGGAGACCAUGCCGUACAUCGACGAGUCGCCCACCAUGUCGCCCCAGCUCAGCGCCCGCAGCCAGGGUGGCGGGGACAGCAUCUCCCCCACCCCACCCGAGGGGCUGGCACCUGGGGUGGAAGCAGGGAAAGGCCUGGAGAUGCGGAAGCUGGUUCUCUCGGGGUUCCUGGCCAGCGAGGAGAUCUACAUCAACCAGCUAGAAGCCCUGUUGCUGCCCAUGAAACCCCUGAAGGCCACAGCCACCACCUCCCAGCCCGUGCUUACCAUCCAGCAGAUAGAGACCAUCUUCUACAAGAUCCAGGACAUCUACGAGAUCCACAAGGAGUUCUACGACAACCUCUGCCCCAAGGUGCAGCAGUGGGACAGCCAGGUCACCAUGGGUCACCUCUUCCAGAAGCUGGCCAGCCAGCUUGGUGUGUACAAAGCAUUUGUGGAUAACUACAAAGUGGCUCUGGAGACAGCUGAGAAGUGCAGCCAGUCUAACAACCAGUUCCAGAAGAUCUCAGAGGAGCUCAAAGUAAAGGGCCCCAAGGAUUCCAAGGACAGCCACACAUCGGUCACCAUGGAAGCUCUGCUCUACAAGCCCAUUGACCGAGUCACUCGGAGCACCCUGGUCCUGCACGACCUGCUGAAGCACACACCUGUGGACCACCCAGACUACCCGCUGCUCCAGGAUGCCCUCCGCAUCUCCCAGAACUUCCUGUCCAGCAUCAACGAGGACAUUGACCCCCGCCGGACUGCAGUCACGACCCCCAAGGGCGAGACACGGCAGCUGGUGAAGGAUGGCUUCCUGGUGGAGGUGUCGGAGAGCUCGCGGAAGCUGCGGCACGUCUUCCUCUUUACAGAUGUCCUUCUGUGUGCCAAGCUGAAGAAGACAUCAGCGGGGAAGCACCAGCAGUAUGAUUGCAAAUGGUACAUCCCCCUGGCCGACCUUGUUUUCCCAUCUCCCGAGGAGUCUGAGGCCAGUCCUCAGGUGCACCCCUUCCCAGACCAUGAGCUGGAGGACAUGAAAAUGAAGAUCUCUGCCCUCAAGAGUGAAAUCCAAAAGGAGAAAGCCAAUAAAGGGCAGAGCCGGGCCAUUGAGCGCCUGAAAAAGAAGAUGUUUGAAAAUGAAUUCUUGCUGCUGCUCAAUUCCCCCACAAUACCAUUUCGGAUCCACAAUCGGAAUGGAAAGAGCUACCUGUUCCUACUGUCCUCAGACUAUGAGAGGUCAGAGUGGAGAGAAGCAAUUCAGAAACUACAGAAGAAAGAUCUCCAGGCCUUUGUCCUGAGCUCGGUGGAGCUCCAGGUGCUCACGGGAUCCUGCUUCAAACUUAGGACUGUACACAACAUUCCUGUCACCAGCAAUAAAGACGACGACGAGUCUCCAGGACUCUAUGGCUUUCUCCACGUCAUCGUCCACUCUGCCAAGGGGUUUAAGCAGUCAGCCAACCUCUACUGUACCCUGGAGGUGGAUUCCUUCGGCUAUUUUGUCAGCAAAGCCAAAACCAGGGUGUUCCGGGACACGACAGAGCCAAAGUGGGAUGAGGAGUUUGAGAUCGAGCUAGAGGGCUCUCAGUCCCUGAGGAUCCUGUGCUAUGAGAAGUGCUAUGACAAGACCAAGGUCAACAAGGACAACAACGAGAUCGUGGACAAGAUCAUGGGCAAAGGGCAGAUCCAGUUGGACCCACAGACUGUAGAAACCAAAAACUGGCACACAGAUGUGAUUGAGAUGAAUGGGAUCAAGGUGGAAUUCUCCAUGAAGUUCACCAGCCGAGAUAUGAGCCUCAAGCGGACCCCGUCCAAAAAGCAGACCGGCGUCUUUGGUGUGAAGAUCAGUGUGGUGACCAAGCGGGAGCGCUCCAAGGUGCCCUACAUUGUCCGGCAGUGUGUGGAGGAGGUGGAGAAGAGGGGCAUCGAGGAGGUUGGCAUCUACCGGAUAUCAGGGGUGGCCACAGACAUCCAGGCGCUGAAGGCCGUCUUCGAUGCCAACAACAAGGACAUCCUGCUGAUGCUGAGCGACACAGACAUCAAUGCUAUCGCCGGCACCCUCAAGCUCUACUUCCGGGAGCUGCCUGAGCCCCUCCUCACAGACCGGCUUUACCCCGCCUUUAUGGAGGGCAUUGCCCUGUCAGACCCUGCUGCCAAGGAAAACUGCAUGAUGCACCUUCUCCGCUCCCUGCCUGACCCCAACCUCAUCACCUUCCUCUUCCUGCUGGAACACUUGAAAAGGGUUGCUGAAAAGGAACCCAUCAACAAAAUGUCCCUUCACAAUCUGGCUACUGUGUUUGGCCCCACGUUACUGAGACCCUCAGAAGUGGAGAGCAAAGCACACCUCACGUCAGCUGCAGAUAUCUGGUCCCAUGACGUCAUGGCACAGGUCCAGGUCCUCCUCUACUACCUGCAGCACCCUCCCAUUUCCUUCGCAGAACUGAAGCGGAACACACUGUACUUCUCCACCGAUGUGUAGCCUGAGGCAGGGGCAGCUGCAGAGGGGGGCUGGAGCCAGCCUCUCCAGCUGGGGGGCCCAACACAGACUUGAAAGACUGCAAUGGAAAACCCCCAAACCCAGCAGGCCAGACGACAAAGGAAGCAGAUUUCCAAGAACUGGAAUAUGUGCAUCUUUUGUGCCACCCUGUACAAAGCAAGCCCAUCCGCCCCCCAGCCCUCGCCACCACUCCCCAGGCUCCUGCCCUCUGUAUCUCUAGUUGUGUCUAAUGCUCCGUGCUGUUCGGGAAUUGUUUUAUGUAUAUUUGUCAUGCAGAAAAGGUAGUGACCGACCCGGUCUGGGCGCACAGACGGCCUGCUUUGUUUUUUCAUUUCCUCCAACACUUUCUUUCCUUCUGAGUCCAGUGCAAGGGCUUUCAUUUGGCUCUUUGUGACUGCUGCCAGCUUAGCCUCUCUUGGCCCUGCUCCCAGACUGCAGUCUCCUGGCAGCCUCCCCUGGGUUUUCCUCCACCCGCUGCUCCCUCCCGGCCCACCCGCAUGCAUGCACAGCCUUAGUUUUUGCUCCAUCUCCUCGAAAGUUCUGAAGAGGCCCUGGGUGCGGUGGUGAUGGGCCUGAUGCUGCCACGGCUGCCCCCACCCUCUCCUUGCUCUCGGUCUGUGGAAGCACACUGCUUUGCCUUGCGGCCUGUGCAAAAAUUGGAUAAGGAGACAGAAUGACACCUAUCCCCAGUUUAGCACAGCGCUGGAGAGCUGAUUUGUGGAAAUUUCUAUUUGAGACUCUCCAUUUCUGGGGUUUAUCCACUCUGUCUCCGGCCUACCAGUGAGGCAUCUUUGACUGUUUUUUCUUCUACUGCUUUUCAGUUCCUUUUUCCCUGAUGUUCUAUUUCUUUUGAGUGUAAAGACUUACAACAAGUGACCUGCUAUCAAGAUAGCAAGAGAGUCAGGAAAGAAUCUGGGGAGCAGAAGUUGGAGGAGUUAGUCUGCUGAGGAAACACGACAGAUCAAACAGGCAGAGGAGUGCCAUGUAGCACUGGGUGUCUUGAGUUGUGGGGGAAGCACCUCUUCGUGGCAAGGAGUUGUAGUGGCUUCUCGAAUGGAGCCAGACUUCCUGGAGGGCAACUGCUAUGGCUGAAGCAGGUAUCCAGAAAGAGGCAGGCUCCAUCCGGGAGGCAAGGCCUUCACCUGGUACCUCUCGUACCUCACGGUACUUUUGCCUUAGAUUUUACAUUCUCCACAGCCGAGCACUGCCGUGGGGCAGCCCUCACUGCUGCAGGGGCUUCAGGGCCUUGAAAGGAAGGCGCAAUCCAGCAGUGGUCAGCUGCCACAGUGCUGCCUCCACCCCACCUCAGCCUCUAGAUGCAGCCUUCUGGGCGAACUCCGGGGAACUCCAGAGGUAGGGGCAAUGAGGAAACACAAGCACCUGCCUCCAGAGUAGGGGAUUAGCAGGUUCAGUCCCAAGUUUGAAACUCACUGCUUGGUAGUGGAAAGGAGUGCGCUGUGUUCCCCCAAGGUCAGUUUUCCUUCUGAGCAGUGGCUGCCAGCCUGUGGCAGUUAGCCUGGGAGGGCAGGGUCCUUGUCUGCAGGGACUUGAGCUGUUAACACACAGCUCCCUGAUUCCAUGUGGAAGAGGGUAGGUGCUAGGCCCUCAGGGUUUGGGAGAGUAGCUGCCAUAUUUUGUGCGCAGGGCCAUGUCUCAAAGAAGGAUUUGCUAGCCCCAAAGCUAUAGGGCUUGCUUGGGAAGAGGCAGGGCCCUUUCUGAUUUGUGUUUACGGCUGUUGCCCAGAUCUUGGGCAGAAUGGUACGCAUUUUAUGCACAUCGGAGGCAAGAGAGGCUUAAGAGGAGGGAAAUACUGGCCACUCAGCUGCCUGUUAGGUGCUUAGCAAGAAGCCCUGCUCCCUGGAACAAGAGAGGAAGGCGAAAGAGGGCCGCUUGAGUCUAAAGAUCCUGGUGUCUCACUAUUCCCGGAAUCUGCUCGGCACUCAGGAGUUGGUGUGUGUCAUGGGAGGCUCUUGCUUGCUUCCAAAGCGAUUGGCAUUAAUGAACUGGAGGGUAGUUCAUUAUCCCAAAAUGGGUGCUUCCCACCUCCCAAAAACCAAUGCAAAGAGAAGGAAAUGUUUGCUUCUCAGCAUCAGGUAGCUUCUGCAGCCCCAGGCUUGCUUAGGCAAUGUGAAAACAGGAGUAAGACUGGGAGGGCUGAGCUUUAUGUAAAAGGCUCCUAAUAUUUAUAAAUUCUACCCCGAGUUGGGGGGUAGGGGGUACCAGACCUGGAUUAAGCUGCACCAAGGAAAUGCCCCAUGGCUUCUCCUGAGACAGGGACUGUGCAGCCCAGAAACCCCCCAGCCACCAUGCCCAGCAGGGUGGGUUGUGCCCACAGGAACCCCAAGUGUGCCUGUCCUUGCCGGGCUGUGGCUGAGGGCUGCCAGUUUGGGCUGAUGCAGGUAGGAUGGGACCCUUCGUUAAUAUUUGACUUUAAUAAGUUGGUAAGGAUAUAUUUUUUUUUUGGUCUCUGUUCUGUUUCAACUUAUGUAGAUUAUUAUAAAUUGAUGUAAACCAUGUGAGAGGAAAAUAUUAAUAAAAAAUGCAAAGUCCCAACAUUUGCACAAAACUCA